AUGAAAGAUAAGACAUAUAGUAUUAGGUUAGUUAUCAUCCCCUUCUUACUUUUAAUUGUAUUAGCAUUAGGGUCUUCGAUUCUAUUAGUGCUUUUUUACGAUAGGUAUUUUAGUGGGUUUAUGUUGGAAAACAAAAAUACAUUUUGCUAAGAUUAUUAUGAUAGUUUCAUAAAAGAUAAAAAAGAAAAUGAGGUUGACAAAUAAUCUUUAAACUAUUUGAUAUGCCAUCACUCUAUGAAAAAGAAACACUUCAUAUGGUUUAAUAUGGAUGGUUUUUCAUAUGAUCAAAUUAAAUAGUUGAAAGCAGAAAUAUCAAAUGACAUUUUAAUUUAUAAAUCUGUUGGUCCUCAUUAUAGAUAAACAGGAGCGAUACAUGAAACAUAUAUGACAGGAAAGCCUUCACUAAAUUUAAUAGGAGGAUAAGUUUCGGUAGAUAACAUAGCAAUAUAAAUAGCCAAAGCUAAAGAAUAUGAAAAUUAAUAAAAGGUUUGGCUUUUAGGUUCAAAAUUUCCUAUAUUCACACUAAUAUCAAGUUAUGUAGAUUAUAGUAAGGUGGACUCGGAGGAUGGAAUGCUUAAAUUGAUAUGUAAAAACUAAACAGAUAGCAGUCAAGCCUCAUUUGUUUUCGAUGGUAGGUUUGACAUGGAAAAGUUUGAUGUAAGAACUGGAGUUCGCUUCAAUAGAACAUAUUUCGAAGAAUAUUUAGAAAAAGAAAUUCCUACUUAUUUACCUUAAGAUGAUUUUAAUAAAAAAAUACUUGAUUGUUUAACUACAGGACCUUUAGUAAAUAAAGAUUUAACUCCAAAUCAUUCAAUAAUUUAUUACUCUUCUCAGACAGAUUCGUUAAAUCAUGCAUAUUCAAAAUCUCACUCUUAUAACUUCUUCCAAUUCUUUUAGUUAAAUAAGUUAUUUAUAUAGCUAAUUAAAUACUUUUAGGCUAAUUUAAAAGAUACAGUAAUUUUUAUAAGCAGUGAUCAUGGAGGAUAGUUUUUUAAUGGUGAAGAUAAUUUUUGCAAUCAUGGAUGCGUAAAUGGAUCUAAUCAUGGUAUUCUCUUAGUAGCUUCUAGCGAUACAGUUGGAAAAGGUCAUGAAGCUGAAAUUAGCUAUUUAGAUCUAAUGCCAACUAUUGCUUAAUACAUGAAAGGUGUUAACCUUCCUCUUUUUAAUAGAGGUGUCAGCCAUCCAUUUUAAAAAGGAGUAUUUGAAUAUGAAAUCCUAGCAUUACAUUCGAAAUUUAUUUAAUUGAGGGAAGCUUUAAAAAAGAUAGAUCAAGUAAAAUUAAAGGAUGAAUUAGAUAUGGAGUCAAAGUAUAAUGAUAUUAUGAAGGAAAAGGACUUAAAAAAUGAAAAAUAAAGAUAAAUUUUAGAAGAUUAUCGCAACACUAUAAAAAUUUUAUAAAAGCAAGCAUUAGAAUCAGAACUAAGUAAAAAAGAUUUCAAGCUAGUUAAUUUGAUUAUUUUGCUUUGCUUGAUUGGAUUAAUCUAUAUAGUAGCAGUUAACUAUAAAACCGCUUUAGAGUAGUGGAAAUAGCUAUAAUUAAUGUAAAAGGUUCUUAUAGGCAUAAUAUGCAUCUUCUAUUAUAGUGAAAAUAUUUUUGUUUUUAGCAUUUCUAAUAUCGGGCUAGACUUUUAUUCAAAUGCUUUCUAUGUAAAUAUAGCAUGCAUAGUACUGUUCAUAAUAUUUUUUUCAUUCUACGAUUUCACAUCAAAAACAAUCCCAUAAAUGCAGCUGUCAUUCCAUAAAUCAGAUAUUCGACAUGAAGACGAUUAUGAGUCUUAACAUCUUUAAUAGAAAUCAACUUUGCCUUAAUAUCAGCAAGUUCCAGGAGGUAAAAAUGAAACUCUUGAUAUGUUUAGCCAAGAAAAUGAAAAUAGAUUUAAUAUAAGGCAGAUUUUUAAAAAAAUUAAGCAUUUACCAUUUUUGUUGAGUAAUAAGAUUUCACAGUUCUUAACACUUUAAAGAUGUUUGGUUUUAAUACUAAUAUAUUACAUAAUCUUUUUAGUAUUAAUUAAAUAUGAUUCUUUUGUAUACACUAAGCAGUUCUUUAUGGAAACAACAACAAAAUGGGACAGUUUUAACUUAUUUAACUACACAAUCUUCAUUCUUUUUUACUUUUAUCCAAAGGUUAAAUCUAUGUAAAUAAAUUGGCUAUUAACCGUCUACUAUUUCUUCUUAUUUGUGAUAAUGAUUAAAUACGACUUAAUUGACCUUAGAUAUCUAAUUCAUAAAACUACAGAUUAAGUAUUUUGGUGUAGAUUUAUAACUGGCUAUACAAUUGCAGGAAUGAUUUAUAAUUUUGUCAGAGGAUAUAAAUUAUUGCGUAAAGACAGAGAGGAGUAAUCAAAUCAAAAAUUGAGCAUCUUCCAAAACUCAACAGUAAGAGACACUAAUAGCCCAGCCUAUAAUGCAAAGAAAAAGUUUUUCCUGUUUCUUCAUUUAGAUCUAACUAUAUUCGUAUUCUGGGUUUCUGAUGAAGUAGAGAGACUUUACUUGAUUAUCUUUUACUUUACUCUAAUUGUUAUUAUAAAUAAAAUGAAUCUAAUAUUCAAUAUUGUUUAAGCCUAAAACAAUAAAGGAUUGCUUAAUGAUUUUAUAAUAAACUUUUUCUUUAUAGUCAUAAUAUUUAAAAAUGCAUAAAUUAUCUAUUCUGCAUUUAAAGGUACUUUAUCACUAGAUAUCAACCUCUACUCAGGCAACAAAACUAUAGGAGAAUUUUAAGAUCAAACUCCAAUAUGCACUGCUAUCCUAUUUGGUAUCGAUAAAUUGCUAAUUAUGAUAUUCUCUUACAUGGAUAUUAUCUAGAAAUUCUUAAGAGUUUCGAUUAAAGAAUAUGCAAUUAAAUUUGACAAUUCUUCUAAAGGAUUGCUUGCAAUUAUGUUUAUUAAAAUUCUGAUUUCUGGUAUUUAGACUUGCUAUAACUUUUUUGAUGAAACUUCCUUUUUGAGUUUGUUCUUAUGGUUUGCAUCAAUCUCAGCUGUGAUUAUUUUCUCAAUCCUACCUUAUGCAGUAUUUAAAUUAAUUUUAUCUAUCAUUAGCUUACCUCUAAAACUUAGCUUUUAAAAGCAAUCUCACCAUCUCUCAGUCUGA